UCUUUUCGGCAGAAGGGUGCUCGGUAGGCCUGUCAUUGGGCCUGUCGGGCCGCUGGGAUUUCUUCAGUGAUAAAAAAAGGGAAACAGUUGAGGCGGAGCUGCCGUGUAUCUCCCUGGAGGAAACUCCGUGAACUAGCGGCGGGGAUCUCUCUGUCCCUCCCCUCGCCGUCUCUGGCUUUCCGCGCCGGCGGCGGCCCCCUCCUCUUCUUCUGUCGGUCCAGCUACAAAAGAGUCGCCGCCGCCCGACAGAUGAGUCCAGCCCACCACAUCUCAAGCAAACCAUGUAACCACCUGACAACCGUCUCCUUCGCCCAUUGCUGAGGAGGAAGCUGGUGCUGCACAUCACAUGUUUGUUGAAGGAGGAGCCGAGGAGGUGCACGCCUGGAGCGGCAGAGGAGCGGAGCGGACGCCUUAAUGCGGCUGCCCCGAACCGAGGUCUACCUUUACCCCCUGGCCUCCUGUAGCUUGUUUUGUAGCUAUACAGAGUCCAGUCCACCAUGGUCUCAACCAAACAUUCACCGUUCCAUUUGCUCAACGUGGGGGGUAGCUGUUGUUGCACAUCACGUGUUUGUUCUAACGCCUUGCCCUUGUUCUUGGUUGAAAUCAAGGAUGGUUGCUUGACAACGUCAGAUUAACAUUAGCUCCGUCUGUCAUCCCCUCGAGCAUUUUGUUUCCAUCGGUCAAGAGAUGGGAGAUCUACUCCUCUGGUGUUGCUGCUGCACAUCACAGCUUGUUUUAAAAAAUAAUGCCCUGCCUUUGUUCUUGGUAAAAAUCAAGGAUUGCUUAACGACGCCUAGUACUUCUUGUUAGCAUUAGUUCAGCUAUGGGAGAUAGACUGAAACCCUCUUCUGUGGACCUCUAAAUAACUGAAAGAGUUCAGUAGAGUUGUGUGGCCAGGUCACUCUGUAGUCUUGACCGAUCUGCAGUAAAUGCGUAUCAGGACCUCAACUGAACCGAAAAUUGGUCUCGAGUUAGCAGUAGCAGCACAACCUAGCAAGAUAGCAAUUGCUGAUGGAUCAACUUCAUGCACCAGUCUUUGCACGCCUUUUUCUUUCCCUGUCUUUGUCAAAGUUACCGUGUCAUAUGCACUUAUUGUUCUACUACUGAGUGGUGUUGGUCUGUGACGGAGAUUACAGUCAAGUCAACACCAAGUCAAGUAAUGGUCCCAAAAAGACAGCACCAAACCCACUAGUCAAGUGUCCUAGUUUACUUUGGGAGACACAUAUAGCACAGGGAAUUCGGACAAGAUGCACUGCAUUCGACAUGGCACCUGCAACAACUCUCUUCUCCCUUUCCCCACAUGGCAUCCUCGUUCUCUUCACCCAUCUUCUUGUCUUCAUGUCGUCCAGCACCGUCGCACAAUCGAUCAGCGGGUCCGAGGUCGACCGGCAGGCCCUCCUCUCCUUCAAGUCCGGCAUCUCUAGCGACCCAAACGGCAUCCUGCGAUCAUGGCGCAGCAGCUCCCUCAACUUCUGCAGCUGGAGAGCUGUCACCUGCGGUAUUACUCUUCCAACUCAUGUGGUCUCGCUGAACUUGUACUAUGCAAAGCUCAGUGGUCAGUUAUCUCCUUGGAUAGCUAACCUUACGUCACUAGAACAGGUAGACCUUUCAGAAAAUCUCUCCUCUGGAGGCAUUCCAGAGGAGUUAGGCACACUCCCACAGCUACAGACUAUGGUCCUUUCAGCGAACAACCUUGAAGGUAUCAUUCCUAGAUCACUAGGCACUAGUAGAUCCCUUACGGGUGUUGAUCUCUCAUUUAACCUGCUCGUCGGCCCUAUCCCAGAUUUCCAUAGGUCCCCAGCCCUCCAAGAAUUGUCACUGUCAGAAAACAACCUUGCAGGUAUCAUUCCUAGAUCAUUAUUCACCAGUAGAUCUCUUAAACUUGUCGAUCUCUCAUCAAACCACCUUACCGGCCCAAUUCCAGAGUUCGAUAGGAUGUCAGCCCUUGAAUCUCUUGAUCUUUCAAAAAACAACCUCACUGGCAAUAUUCCAGAGUUCCAUAAGAUUUCAACCCUUGAAUUUCUUGAUCUUUCAAAGAACAACCUUUCUGGAAGCAUACCUUCAUCACUGGGAAAUGUUUCUUCUCUCACAGAUAUAUUGCUUGACACAAACAGCUUGUCAGGUUCAGUUCCAGAGACUUUGAGCCUUAUUCAGAGCCUUAGAGCGCUGAGGUUAACUAACAACUACCUGUCGGGGCAUGUCUCCGCCAAACUCUGUAACAUGUCAUCACUCGAUUCUCUUGAAUUAGGCCAGAAUAACCUUACUGGACAAGUACCAUCUUGCAUCGGAAACACGAACCUUGGAGUGCUGUCCAUGUCGGGUAACAAAUUCGAGGGAUUAAUUCCAUCAUCACUAGCAAAUGCAUCGAACCUCCAAGAGAUUAAUCUUGGAUACAACUUACUAAAUGGACGAAUCCCAUCUCUAGGAAAUUUACUUCACUUACAGCUACUAAUUCUUGAAAAUAACUUCCUAGAAGCUGAAGGUUGGGAAUUCCUUGCCUCUCUCGCAAAUUGUUCGCUGUUAGAAACGUUGGAAAUGAAUGGGAAUGUCCUGAAUGGAAGUCUCCCUAGGUCUGUUGGGAAUCUUUCUGCAAGUUUACAACGUAUAAAUGUUGGAAACAAUCAAAUUGUCGGCACAAUACCAAUUGAGAUUUUUAACCUUGCAAGUCUCCAAAUGCUUGCUAUGGACCAAAACUUGCUUUCAGGGGUUAUUCCUUCUGUUGUCGGGAACCUAGAUCAGCUAGUUGUCCUAACCCUAUCAGGGAACAAAUUUUCUGGCCAGAUCCCACAUACAAUAGGUAAUCUUUCUCGACUGAGCAAGCUUUCUCUAGACAACAACAACUUGAGUGGGAACAUCCCAGCAAGUUUAGGAAAUUGCAAGCAACUGGCUGUGUUAAACUUAUCUUUUAACAGACUUCAAGGACCAAUACCAAGUGAACUGACCAGUAGCACUACCCUCCUCAGUUUUGAUUUAUCAAACAACAACCUUACAGGAUCAAUACUGGUACAAAUUGGUGCUUUGCUUCAACUUCUCCAACUUGAUAUUUCCUUCAACAAAUUGUCUGGUCAAGUUCCAUAUUCACUUGGCCGAUGCGUCCAACUAUCUUCUCUCAGAUUGAAAAGUAACAUGCUUAAUGGAAGCAUACCUGAGUCUUUCAGUGACCUGAAGUCCGUAGAUCAGAUCGAUCUUUCCAAAAAUGACCUUGCUGGACGAAUUCCAGAGUUCUUUGCAAACAUGCAGUUUUUGCAUCAACUUGAUCUGUCUACCAACUACUUUGAAGGGCCGAUUCCAACCGGUGGCAUCUUUCAGAAUCAUACUGCAGCAAUCUUGGAUGGCAAAGCGGGGUUGUGUGCAAGUGCACCCGCUACCUUGCAUCAGUUCCCAGUUUGUACUGUUAAGAGCAAGAAGAAAGCACUCUUAUUGGUAAAAUUAAUUCCUCCAACUGCUAUUGCGUUGAUCUCUUUCAUAUGCUUUGUGGUCACUAUUCUGAAGAGAAGGCAAGCACAAGCAGCACCAUGCUACAAGGAGACAAUGAAGAGGGUUUCAUAUGGUGACAUCGUUAAAGCUACCAAUUGGUUCUCUCCAGUUAACAAGAUCAGCUCAGGCCGAACCGGUUCGAUCUACAUUGGAAGGUUUCAGUUUAACACGGAUCUGGUCGCCGUUAAGUUAUUCCAUCUCGAGGAGAAUGGUGCGCGCGACAGCUUCGUUACCGAGUGCGAGGUGCUGCGAAAUACCCGCCAUCGCAAUCUUGUCAAAGCUGUCACUGUAUGCUCGACAAUGGACCUAGAGAACAAUGAAUUCAAAGCUAUAGUUUUCGACUUCAUGGCCAACGGAAGCCUGGACAUGUGGGUCCAUCCGAAGCUACAUCACAAUAGCCCCAAGAGAGUACUGAGCUUGGGCCAGAGGUUAAGAAUAGCGAUGGACGUCGCGUUGGCUCUGGAUUAUAUGCACAACCAGUUGACGCCUCCUCUAGUCCACUGUGAUCUGAAGCCAGGCAAUGUUCUUUUGGACUACGACAUGACCGCGAGAGUUGGUGAUUUUGGGUCAGCGAGGUUUCUCUCUUCAGUUCCUGGUAGCCCAGAAGACUUGGUUGGUGUGGAAGGAACAAUUGGAUACAUCGCACCUGAGUAUUGUAUGGGAUACAAAGUCUCGCCAGGAUAUGAUGUAUAUGCUUUUGGAAUCCUCAUUCUAGAAAUGCUCACAGGAAGGCGACCGAUGGAUGCAAUAUUCACAGAUGGCCUGAGCCUGCACAAGCUUGUGAGCUCAGCAUUUCCAGGAAGACUUGGAGAGGUUUUAGAUCCCCAUUUGUCCCACGGUUACAGGCAUCCAUGUGACAGAGUGUUUAUGAGGAGAUAUAUGGUACCCUUGAUUGAAGUUGGCCUCCUGUGUUCCAUGGAAUCGCCUAAAGAUCGUCCUGGAAUGGGAGAAGUUUGUGCCAGAAUUUUGUCUCUCAAAGAGGAAUUCUUUGAGUUCUGCUGAUUAACUUGCGGAUCUACAAGUUCUUGAAUAAGAGUAUACGGUGUGAAUAUCUUUGCUGUAAAAAUUGGUUCUACAGAUCACAUUUUAGUGUGGGGAAAUCGUUAGAACUCUAGUUAUUGAAACAUUGAAUUCCUCGAAAGAGUACAUGUUCAGUACUGAAGCUCCCUAUGUUGGAAAACCAGUAUUUGUAUUUAUUUACACAAGAUAUGCCAUAUUGCACUACAUAUGUGCAUAUUCAGCAUAUUCAGAGAGGUAUAUUGCACUACAUAUGUGCAUAUUCAGAGAAGUA